AUGAGGAUCAUAUCGUGGAACUGUCGCGGGCUUGAGAACCUGGAGGCAGUGCGGGCUUUGCGUAAGCUCAUCCACUUAGAAGCUCCCGACAUAGUGUUCCUUAUGGAAACUAAACUUUACACUUCAGAGAUGCUGAGGCAUCGUGGCAUGAGUGGUCUUUGUAACAUUUUCCCAGUCCAGUGUGGGGGCCGUGGAAGGUCCCGUGCAGGUGGCCUGUGCCUUUUGUGGCGGUCAGAGGUUGAGGUAACUGUUAUAAAUGCUUCUUUACAUCAUAUUUUAUUUAAUAUUGUCCAUCCGGAUCAUGUGACUGUGCCUAUGCCGGUGUAUGCUAUUUAUGGAUUCCCUGAAACACAACAAAAUAAGAACUCUGGUGGCGACCCACCUGUCCUUGGGCAAUUGCAGGUCUCCAAUCAAGUUUGUGUGGAUUGUGGGCUAACCAGGGUGGACUAUAUUGGUAAUGAUUUUGCUUGGUCAAAUAACAAGGAUGGUCCAGGUAGUGUGGAGGAGCGCUUGGAUUAUGCCUUGGUUAAUCAGGCUUGGGCUGAGUUAUGGCCUGUUUCUUCGGUGUCACACUUGAUUCGACACCAAUCUGAUCAUAGCCCAAUUUUUCUUCACUGCGGAGCUCGCAAAUCUGAGGUCCAACGACAUCGUGUGCAACUGUUCCGGUUUGAGGAGUUGUGGUUGGAGAGCGGGGAAGAGUGUGCUGAGGUUGUUGCUGAAGGGUGGGGGAGCCCAGACCACUCUUUUCUUUCUAGGAUUGAGUUGGUGGGGCGGUCCCUUGAUUCCUGGGGGAGGGCAAAAUAUGAGGAUUUAACAAAGAGGAUAAAGGAGGCAAGAUCUCUCCAUAUAUCAUUACUAUCAAAGGGAGAAGGAGGUGAGGAAGCUUCAUGCGGAGGAUGGCAUGGCGCCGCCGCCGUUGCUAAGUGUGUUCGUGAAGGGGAGGCUGAACGAGUUGGGUCGGGUCGGCCGGAUCUUGAGCGUGACCCGUGUGGAGAGAGGGGGUUAGGAGGCUUGGUUGGUGAGGACGAAAUCUGCUGGUAA